AUGGCCGACCUUCCCUUCCCCAGUGGAGCUCCUCGAGCUCCAACAUACGGCAUCUCCUCCGGUCCACGCCGCUCCUCCUACGCCUCCGUCGUGUCGGGCACCGCUCUCUCACCUCCAAUCUCCAGCUCCUUUCCACACCUGCUUAAUACUCAUCCAGUUUCUUCGUACCCCCCGCUCUCACAGCCCGACGGUCGUCUCCCCCGGGCCCUGUCCGGCCUGGAUGCCGCAGACAUGCACUUGAACUCCGCCUGGCGGUCCUCGGGGUCCCCAGAUUCCCUACCAGCCUACUCGCGCAAGUAUACCAACCACAUGCGCCCGACCGAGUUCCCGCACGGGCUAGGUCUUCUCGAUGGUCCUUCCUUCUUUACGCCGUCCUACCUCCGAAACUCCCACUACAUCUCCCGCCUCGACGCCGCCCAUCGAGCUAAGCUCGCCGCUCAACAGCGUGAUGCUUCUUCAUCGACCUCGGCUUCAGGCCCUGCCUUAUCUGCUUCGUCGAGCCAUGUGCAUCUCCCCCGUAUGGCGCCGUCUCAUCGGGGUAUGACCCAUGAGAUCAUCGAGAGGGAGCCCCCCGCCACGACGACCGAUCCGCUUAGCCCGCUCCCCACACAGUGGAGUUCCUCGGACAAAUAUGCCGGGUUAGAACUCUCAAAUGAUGGACUGGAUGUGCGAUACACGGGGCCGGUGCAUAAACAUGAUCAUGAGGCGGCGGCUUUGCGGGCGGAUCAUGCUAUGCCCCCACAGUGUGGGAUCUACUACUUUGAGAUUAAGAUCGAGUCUAAGCCGAAGGAAGGGAUGAUCGGUAUUGGAUUCUCUAGCCCCAAGGCCUCGGUCGAGCGGCUUCCCGGCUGGGAACAGGAAUCAUGGGCCUACCACGGUGACGAUGGAAAGUCAUUUUUCGGUGAGAGCCAAGGUCAAGGGAGGCCGUAUGGACCGACAUUCGGGGUUGGAGAUACCGUUGGCUGUGGAGUGAAUUUCUCAACAGGGUCGGCGUUCUUCACUAAGAAUGGAAAUUUCUUGGGAAACGCCUUUCAUGAGCUGCGUAACGUGAAGCUCUAUCCUUCCGUUGGGAUGAAGAAGCAACCACCUGUCCAUCUGAAAGCAAACUUUGGCCAGGAGCCGUUUAUGUUUGAUAUCGAUGGGAUGGUCAAGGCCGAGCGAGCAUUGAUACAGGCGGAAAUCAACGCAACGAGCACUGAUGCCCUGCAGCCCCCUCUUAACGAGUCAGCGUUGCUCCAAGAACUAGUAGCGCAAUUUCUGGCACAUGAUGGCUACGUCGAGACAGCGAGAGCUUUUGCCGAAGAAGUAGCCACCGAGACAACGGCGUUACAAAACGGUCAACGAGAGCCUUUGAAGAAAUACGAGGUCGAAGAAGACCGAGAAGCCAUCAACCGCAACAAGAUCCGCGCCGCCAUUCUAGACGGCGACAUCGACAAAGCUCUCAAACACACAAAGGCUUACUACGCCAACGUCCUUGAAGAUAACCCCCAAAUCCACUUCAAACUCCGCUGCCGCAAAUUCCUCGAAAUGAUGCGCCGCUCCACGGAACUAACUCCCGGGACAUCGAACCCCAAGCGCCGCCGGCCAGACUCACCGGGCCUCGGUAUCGCCGAUGAGCACGCCGUGUUUGACCAAGAAAUGGAACUGGAUGAUGGGAAUUGGGAUGGUGAUGGGAUGGAUACGGAGGAAUCCGCGGUGGUGGAAGCGGCACCCUAUAAUGAGGUUCUAACAGAGGCGAUACAGUAUGGGCAACAGCUGUGCAUGGAUUACCCUUCUGAUGAGAAUGGGGGAGACAAGAAGAUGCUCGAGGCUAUCUUUUCGUUGAUUGCAUAUCCGGAACCGCAAAAUUCGGUACAUGGGCAUCAUCUUGAUCCUGCGGGUCGGGUUGCCGUGGCGGAGGAGUUGAAUUCGGCUAUUCUAGUCUCCCUCGGGAAAUCCUCCUCCGCAGCCCUGGAGCGAUUAUACCAACAAACGGAAGCUCUAGUCAACGAAAUUAGCGAAGACGGCGGCGCCGGGGCGUUCAUCAAUGUUCGAAAUGACGUUUUGCUUUGA